GUGUUCUCGUUUUUCGUUCUGAUAAGAUUUUUUUCUUUUAAUACUCGUGAAUCGUGCAUCAAAACCAUCGCAGAGCGGCCUUCGUUUUACACAUUUGGAUUGGAAAUUUGUGUUUGGGCUUAGGAGUAUCGUGAUCUUGCCUUCCGACGAGUUAACGAGCAACAAAUCGACUAUUUUGAUCCAAAUUUCAUCGAUUUUCCCGGCGAAACGGUCAAGCGACAGCGUUUUCACGUUCGAAGCGCUGGAUCGACGGAAACUAUAUAAUAAGUGAAGAAUUUGUCAUAAAUUCUUUUUAUUUUUGUUGCAGAAAGGAUUUUUUCUGCACAUUGUCUGAUUUCUUGAAGAAGAGUGGCCAGAGAUUGCAGAUCCUGUGCUCUGGAACGAAGAUUAGAAAAGUCUCGUCAUUUUGAGCUGGAGUCCAUUAGGGCUUGAACAAUUCAUAUGCUUGUUUGAGGAGCAAAAAGUUCGAUACUUAGGCCGGCCGAAAAAUUACCGUUUAUGUUGAUUCUGUGACGAAAUAAUUUUAUGUUCGUUUAGAAGGAGUUGUUAUUCGGCGCAAAAAAGUCUUCAAAGGCUCAGAUCUUAGUCAUGGCCUUCAGCGGGACGCAGAAUAAGUGCAAAGUUUGUGAAAAGACAGUUUAUUUUAUAGAUCAACUGUCUGCCGAUGGGAUUUUUUAUCACAAGGCUUGUUUCAGGUGCAAUCAUUGCAAAGGAACGCUUAAGUUGAGUAGUUACUCAUCAAUGGAGGGAGUUCUCUAUUGCAAACCUCACUUUGAACAGCUUUUCAGAGAGUCCGGGAACUACACCAAGAAUUUUCAGUCCCCAAAAUCAAACAAAUCAGUGGACAAUAUUCAACCUGAGAUGACGCGAUCGCCUAGCAGGAUUUCUACCAUGUUCUCUGGCACUCAAGAUAAAUGUGCCACCUGUGGUAAAACGGCAUACCCUCUUGAGAAGGUCACUGUUGAAGGUUCAUCGUACCACAAAUCCUGUUUCAAGUGCUCUCAUGGGGGUUGCUCGAUCAGCCCUUCAAAUUAUGCUGCGCUAGAAGGCAUACUGUAUUGCAAGCAUCACUUUGCCCAGCUUUUCAAGGAAAAGGGAAGUUAUAAUCAUCUUAUCAAGACUGCUUCUAUGAAACGAGGAGCAGGUCCAGUUGCUGAGAUGUGAUGCUGUCAUGGUCUACCUGUUAUUUGAUUGCCAUUUUGGUUUGUAUGUUGGAUUGGUUUUAUUGUCUGUGAUGUAAGCUGGUCCUCUGCCAUUUCUGGAAGAGGAACUCUGCAAUAUCAUGUCUUGCUGUUUAUUUAUACCGGUUUGCCAGAGGUAAUUCUAUUGGCCCGACAUUAUCUGUCCAACAUUAUCCUCUGUAUUAAUUAUUUGUGUUGUGUGCUACAGAGGGGAAAAUUGCACCGAGAUUUUGUAUGUCUUCAUUUUCUGUAUCUGAUUUUGGUGAAGGUGGUUGUGCUCUGUUUAUUUGUAGAGUAAAAAAUAUGAGCCCUCCAUUUUUCAUUUGUCUAUUUAUUCAGUCUGUUUCAUUUUCAUGAAGGUUCCACUAAUAGGAUCCUUUGAAGGCAAGUUGUGAUCACGACUGUAUAAUUGAAUUAAAUUAAUUCGCACAAUUUAUCUCGAGGCUAGAA